AUGACGAGCGUCAACCUGAGUGAAGGCGAGUGGCAAGUGAAGCUCUCGAAGGAGCAAUUCCGCAUCCUCCGCGAGAAGGGCACGGAAGCCAAGGGCACCGGCGAGUACAACAAGCACUACGAGUCGGGUGUCUACCACUGCGCGGGCUGCGACGCGCCCUUGUACAAGUCCGAGACCAAGUUUGACUCGGGCUGCGGCUGGCCCGCCUUCUUUGACGCGAUUCCUGGCGCGAUUUUGUCGCAGCCCGACGUCGACGGGCGACGCACCGAGAUCAUCUGCGCGGCCUGCGGCGGUCACAUGGGUCAUGUCUUCACGGGCGAAGGGUUCAAGACGCCGACGGACCAGCGUCACUGCGUCAACAGCGUCUCGGUGCGCUUCGCUGCGCCGUGA